AUGUGAUAUGAUGUGUGAUGAUCAGUGGAGGAGCCGCCGGCGCUGACGAGGGUGUGCCCGUGCUGCUGCUCCGUCAAGCCGCUACUGCCCGACCACUACGAACCGAUCUGUCUGCAGUUCAGGGACCUGCCGCUCAGAACAGUUCGUUCCCGGCGGCUGGUGAUCCGCAACGAGUCGUCGGUGAGCGCGCGCUGGAGCAGCGCCGUGCGCCGCUGGCCGAGGGUGCACAGCAGGACGCUCCACGCAGACCAGUGGGUGUGCGACGUGCGCGCGCCGGGCGUGCGGCUGCAGUGCUCGCCGGCGCGCGGCGCGCUGCCGCCGCGCUCCGCCGCCGACGUGCUGGUCAGCGUGUACGCCGCGUGCUGGGGACUCUACCGGGACCAGAUACUCAUACACGUGGAGGGCGUGGAGCCGGUAGUGCUGGACGUGUGGGUGCAGGCGGUCGGCGUGCCGCUUCACUUCGCGAUCAGCAGCGAACAAGAAGCACAAACUGAUUCGGUGCUGUGGAUGUCGUCUUCUGACCCGGAGCGCACGCUGCUGGUGCGGAACACGUCGUGCGCGGACCUCACUGUGCGCGCCUACUUGCUGGCCGAGUACGAAUAUCCUCAAGACCAGUUGCCGUUCCGGCUGUACCUCCGCUUCUACGACAUUCCGCCGCGCACCUGCCCGUGUCUCAACGCUUAUGAUUCGGACUACCCAUUGGACGAGUCGAGCGAGGCAGCGAGCUCGUCCGCUGAACAGGAGAUGGACACAGCGAUUGAGCUCUACCUCACGGCCGACUACGGACCGCAGCACGAGACAUGCUUCAAGGUGGAGCCCGAGGCGUGCGUGUUGGCGGCGGGCGCGCAGCACGAGUGGCGCGUGACGCUGCGGCCGCCGCCCGGCGCCGAGCUCGCGCCGCCCGCGCGCCUGCUGCUGCGGACCAUACCCCUGCACAAGUCAGGGGUGUGCUGGCAGCGUUCAGAGCCCCCGCCACAGAGCGUGGUGCUGCGGCACAGUGCGCGCGCCGGCGCACUGCGCGCUUCAUGCGAACGACUGAGCGUACGCAUUUGCGCGUUGCAUUUGCCACUGGGAGAACUGCUCAGAGUACGCAAGCGGUUCCAGUUGAAGAACAUAGGCGACGGUCCGCUAGAGGUGUGUGCGCGCACGCAGUCGCCGUGGUGCGUGGUGAGCGGCGCGCGCGCACGGAGCCGCCUCGCGUGCGGCGCGGGCUGCGCGUGCGGCGCGUGCGGGCCGGGCGCGCGCGCCGAGCGCCACACGCGCCACACGCGCCUGCACAUGCUGCUGCCGCCGCGGAGCUCCACUGAGGUGUGCGUGGAAGUGCGGGUGCAUGCGUCUGAAGCGUGUCCGCUGUGGUGCGCGGAGCGAGACGCGGCGCCGAGCGCGCCGAGCGCGGCGGCGCUCACGCGGAACGCGCAGUCCGCGGAGUGCAACAAGCUACGCUACGAGCCGCUACGUCGCACCGCUACGCCCUUGUGCUUCUACGACAAAUACAACAAGUUGCUUCAAGUGUCGCUGGUCCUGGAGCUGGAGUUCCCGGCGCUGUGCGUGGAGCCGGAAAUGAUCGACUUCGGGUUCGUGACCGACGGCGACACCAGGAAGACGUACUUCACCGUCACGCACUCCAGCUGCACGGAGACGCUGGAGUUGGUGGCGGAGUGUCAUGGCGAGGGCGAGGGGUCGGGGGAGACGGGCGAGCUGUUCGAGCUGUGGCCGCGCACGUUCAGGCUCGCGCCGCGCCGCGCCCAGCGCGUCUACGUGCAGUACACCGCCAGGUGGUGCGGCGCGCCGGUGGAGACGUGCGUGCGCGUGCGGUGCGCGGCGGGCGCGGCGGGCGCGGCGGGCGCGGCGCGGUGGUGCGGCGCGGGGGGGCGGGUGCGCGCCGCGCCCGCGCGCGACCUCGACUGCCGCGCGCCGCACGACCACACCGACGACGCGCGCCUGCUGCCGCCCUACCUUGACCGCGGCGAGUGUGUGGGCGAGUCCCGCCAGCCGUCCGGCGCGGUGGCUGCACGCGGCAGCUCGCGGCGCCGCGCGGCAUUCCGGCGCCGCCUCGCCGCCGAGCUCCGCGCCGACACUCGCGCCGCGACCGACACACGCGCCGCCUCCGACACGCGCGAUACUUAA